GUUGGGGAGGUGGGUGUCAGUGCGCCAGGAUGAUUGACAUGUCUCUGGGCUAAUCAGCGGGCGCAGGGGGCGGGACCUGUCAGUGGGGCUGCGUGCUAUCUCGGAAGCUUUAGUAACUCGCUGUGUCCUCGCACAGAGUCCGCUCCUGUCACCGGCAGAAUGGGAGCCCAGCUCAGCACGGUAAGCGGGGACCGACUGUAAGGAAACCGGGUCCGUUUACACCUUAAUCAGUAGUUUCCUCCCGAACAGCCCGAGCCCAGCGAGUACCGCCCCGCGCGCGGUGGUUAUGGUAUCGGCCGCGGUGGUUAUGGUAUCGCGCGGUGGUUAUGGUAUCAUGGUAUAUGGUAUCAUAUCUGUACGGUGGUUAUGGUAGGUGGAAUCCCAGUGUAGUCCCAAUAGUGUCCCCGGAUAAUUCCCUCAGUAAAACACACGAACUCCCAAACAGCAGCCGCAGUCAGAAUCAGGGAACAAAGAUGGACUGAGCCUCCCAUAUAACUAGCCAUACACCCAAUCCUAGCAAUAUACAUACUGUACAUCUCCUCCCCUCAGAUAACCAUUAAAACGGAACAGAAAUUCCCCAAGGACUUGGGGUACAGGCAUAAUUUUGGUGUCCCCAUUCGGUUCAGCCAUUCGGGAGAUAUGGGACUUAGAAGUUUUGACCGACUGCACGGGCAAAGUAGCCAAAAACAGUUCCAUGAAUUCUGGCCCUGCAGUCGGUCGCAUGAAAAACCUCCCGAACGGCCGGCCAUCCUUGGUUCGCUUGAUUCCCCAUCUGUUAUUCGUUCGGUAGUUUUAAAGGGGUUUUACCGAAGGUAUGGAGGAUUCAGCAGUGUUCGCCUAUUUGAGUGUCCGUUUUCAGUUCCAGACACUCGACGGCAAACACCGCUGUUCGGGAGCUAAAAUGGCCGCGAACACAUGGAAGUCCCGAAAUGGCGGCGGGGCAUGCCGUUCGUGAAGAACUUCCGUCGAACGUAAUCCAGCAAGCAGGGAGGUAAAGUGUGUAUAAUGGGCAACAGAGUGGUCCUGAUUCGGUAGUUUUACCUACCAAAUGCCAUAGGGAAAAUUUACUAUAAAAAAAAAAAAAGGGCAUACAAAUUGUCAGUUUACAGCAUAAGAGGGGCAUUUCUUCACAACCGCCCUCCCCCUCACUGUACCGGAUAUACCGCCCCUCCCCCUCACUGUACCCCGAUAUACUGCCCCUCCCCCUCACUGUACCCCGAUAUACCGCCCCUCCCCCCUCACUGUACCCCGAUUCUCCCACACUAUAACCCCACCAUGCCACUCCCACCCUGUUGCCCCCACGGUGCUAUCACUAGUUUUCUUUGUGAGUCACGUUAAAGGACCCCUCUAGGCACCCAGACCACUUCAGCUUAAUGAAGUGGUCUGGGUGCCAGGUCCUUCUAGGGUUAACCCAUUUUUUAAUAAACAUAUUUUUUAAUAAACCCUGAGGGUGGGGGCACCCUCAGGGCACUAUAGUGCCAGGAAAACGAGUAUGUUUUCCUAACACUAUAGUGGUCCUUUAAUCUUAAAAAUCACUUUUUUGGUAGAUGAAAGCUCUUGGCACCCUGGCAUUGCUGGCACUCCUCUAACUAUAACACACUGCCUUGCAAGGCUGGCAUGUGUAUAGGUAACUUGGCAUCACUAUUGCAUGCCUGCUUCAAGCCUGGAACAAAUGGCAUAGUGGCUUCUCUAUGCCCUGUGUACCAGGAGCCUGCAGUUAGUCUGGCACCAGGUCUGUUACACUGUUUGCUGGGAAACGCUUCAUUUCAGUUUAUAUGUGCAGAACUGAAAGAUGUGUUGGGUUUGUUUAGAACACAUCACCUUGGUUUAACCUGCAGAGCUUACAUUUAGCUGAUGCAGAGAGGUCUUGGUGUGUGUGUGAGUUAAUGUUUGGCGGUCAGUCUCUGUACAAUACGAAGAUGCCAUGUUAAUGAUUAGUCGUUGGAGGAGCUGGCAUUGUCUGCUGUGGGUACUAAAUCUUCAUAUUGCCGAAUGAUUGCCGCAGCAUUGCUUCCACCGUACAGUGAUACCACCAUACUGAUACAUGCUCCUGCCUGCAUGCAUUGAGCAUCCUCGAAUUAUUGCCCGAAGGAACGCUAACUGCUGGCAUUGUGCCAGGAGCCAUUGCAUGCAAGCUGUGACCCUGUCAGCAUGUUGGAGGUUUAAUUUAGUUCUGUGACAUGUUUAACCCGGCCUUAAGCUGAAAGUGUUUCACUAUAGCAAGUGUGUUAGUUCAACCAAAUAUUUCUAAUUUUUAACAUUGUCAUUUUCACCUAACAUAGGGGGAAAAAAAUAAAAAAAAUCUGAUAUUUUUCCAAUUCAGGUUCAGUCUGCUCUUUGCAGCUUUAGCAAGAUUUCCGAGAUUGUCGUAUGACUUUACAGAAUGUUGUUUUUAUAGAGGACGUUAUGUCCUUGCAGCUCGUCUCCCCUGAAAUGAUGGCUUGAACACAGAAUGUUAUUUGGAAGGAGAGCAGUAGAACGUGUUCUUAUAACCGGUCCAUAAAAGCUGAUCUGCGCACUGCGUGUUCUCAGAAUCCUUCAAUUCUGCCCAUUUAUUAUUUAGCAGGAAUGGCGAUGGAUACAGUUGGCGUUGGAUAAGCUGCUAAAGGAUUACUAUAAAAUGUGUGUUGGCAGACUAACUGAUCAAUUUAAUAAAAAUGGUUAUUGAUCAGAAAACAUGCUCGCCCUCUCCAAAGUGUGAAUGGAUCUGCAUAUAUUAACUAUUUUCAAUUUUUAAUUUUUUUUUUUUAUUAUUAAUUAUUGACAUUUAGCGUAUCAAAGUAGCUGUAUCAUUUUUGCUGAAUACUUCUGUUAACACUACACUCUGACAUCACAACAGGCAAUUCAGGAGUAUUUGGUUUUGAAAAAAAUGUUCCUGCUUUGCUAUAGUCACAACUUUUAUUUAUUUAUCUUUGCUGGAAUCUAGCAAUUUGUUUUGGUUUCAAUCAAUGAAGUCGUGUGAUUUUGCAGUUCUGGUUAGAUUUAACACUAGAUAUCAGAAGGCUACAGGAUACGAUAUUCUGUGAUGGACAAUGUGAAUACUGUGUGUUUGGAAACUAUUUCACAGUGACUAAUGGGGAAAGCAUUGGAAGCGCAGCUGAGUCAUCGUAAAAGUCCUGUCAAAUCCUCGCUAGAACCCUGUAAACAGCUGCAUUGCAUAUCCCUCCUCUGCCAUGCACUGCGCUGCGUAUCCCUCCUCUGCCAUGCACUGCGCUGCGUAUCCCUCCUCUGCCAUGCACUGCGCUGCGUAUCCCUCCUCUGCCAUGCACUGCGCUGCGUAUCCCUCCUCUGCCGCGCGCUGCGUAUCCCUCCUCUGCCGCGCGCUGCGUAUCCCUCCUCUGCGCUGCGUAUCCCUCCUCUGCCAUGCACUGCGCUGCGUAUCCCUACUCUGCGCUGCGUUUCCCUCCUCUGCCGCGCGCUGCGUAGCCCUCCUCUGCCGUGUGUCUGUGCUUUAUUUUUUUUGUGGGGGGGGUGGGGUGGGUUAUACGGAUUUGACAUUCUAAUACAAAAGGAAUAGACACCAGCCCCAGCAUUGUUGCAGUGUUAUACAAAGAGUGAAAUGAGAAGGGCCCCCAUGAGCUUGCAAUCGAAAGGAGCUUGUGGGAGGUUGGGUAGGGUGUGAAGUUGAGAAUUUUCUUUGGCACCAUAGAAAAUAAUGAUUGGGCUGUGUGCUAUUAAAGGGUCACUCCGCAAAGCGAACACCAGCCCAAUUCUGCUGGUUGGUUGUGUGAGGUUUUCGUUCUGUUCCAUAUGCCCACCCGUGACAACCUGGACUAUCGUUCCUUCUUGCUGGCAAUUGAAGCACCAGGAGCUGAGGGGCACCAUAGGACCACGAUUGCAGUUGCAUGGCCAGCCUCCAGUAAAUAGUCCGACAUCUGAUCAGUUUCAGGGGUCUUUGAAAAAUAUGCAAUGACCCAGAAAAGUGACAGAUCUGCUAUAAUGCCUUGACUUGGACUCUAGGAGUUGCAGUUGUUCACAUUCCACAGUAAAAAGUCAAUACAGGUCCUAGAAUACGUUAUUUUACUAAUAAAAUAUGAGUACCAAGAUUGGUCGAGUCACAGCCUAGCGAUUUGCAGUACAUGCUGAAACAGCGUAUGGUGGUUAUUAUUAUUAUUAUUAUUUAUUAUUAUUAUUAUUUAUUAUUACAAUUGUGAUCCAUUUAAAAGAAUGGACCAGCUCCAGCAUGGAAUGUUUAAGGAUUUGGUGUUGAUUUGAAUGGUGCGUGAUGAGUGGGCGCGUGUCAUUUACUUUGGAGUGUCUUCCAUCACUCGACUCUAAGAUAGCGGCCCGUGUAUUGCCCUGAAUGGAGCCCUCGCUGUGCGGCCCGUGUAUUGCCCUGAAUGGAGCCCUCGCUGUGCGGCCCGUGUAUUGCCCUGAAUGUAUCCCCCGCUGUGCGGCCCGUGUAUUGCCCUGAGUGCUCCACCUUUUUUUUUUUUUUUUUAACUGAGAGUUCUAAGAAAAAAAGUCAGAUUACCGCCACACUGGAUGGAUGCGCCGCUGGUUGCAGAAAUAAACUUGAGCCCAGCAGCUGGGGGCAAGUAAUUUUGAAUUUUAAUUUAAAAAAAAAAAAAUAAAAAUAAAAAUUAAGGCCUGGGAUAUACUAAGCCCUAUUUUAAUCUAUUCCAUGUGGGUUUGUUUUUUCUUAAAGCCAUCAUAGUGACCAGUCACAAUCAGUGUGAGCCAAUCAGCCCCUCUGUGUGUGUGUGUAAAUAGGCAUGGCUUGUGUUCUAAUGAUCUACGCAUAAAUCUUGUGUUUCUAUUUCUGUCCUGGCUUCAGGAGAGCGAAUAAAGGUUAUAGGACUUAAUUAGAAGAAAUUGUUCGAUCAUUUUCUUAAACUGUACCCACUCACACCCUCCAGCACCUCAAAUCCUUCAGAUCUACCCAAAAGCUUUAGUUUUAUAAGAUUCACGGGUUAAAUGGAUUUUGAGGCUUCCCUACAAUCUCAGGUUAAAGGGGGCCCUUCAAUGCUCGAAUACAAAUAUAAAUUAAUCACUGUUUAGUAGAAACGCCCCCAUUGAAAACUUGAUUGCAUUUAAAUCAACAUUUUCCACUGGGUGUAGAUCUUAAAACAGCUUGUAAAACCUCCAGAUCUCUUGUGUGCAGCCUUGCAAGCCCUCCCCUUCUAACCCCGCCCAGGCUUUCUUUAGCUGUCCAAUCACAGACUUCCCAAUACAGCUCAAUGAGAAGUCUUUGCAAGGCUGGUGCUCUGGGCAAUUGCUGCCUCUUGAGUGUAGCUCCACUGAGCUAAACAAACCACGAAGUAACAAGACAACCUGUCUGACAAUCAGGGGAGUGUAACAAGGUUAAUUUAGAAAAGUGCCAAUUUCUAUUGAAAUCUGAACAUUUUGUAAAAUUGGGGAGGGGGAUGAGAGAGGACGUGUGUGUCCAGCCCCAGCUCUGCCGUACAUGAAUAAUUUAAUUAUUAGACUUUUACAUAUAAUCUGUAACCCACCACUUCCUCUUGGCACAGAAUGGCUAGGCAUUGUGUAAUACACAGUAUUUUUAGUGUGGGGUGGGGCGAGGGGGGUUGUUUGCAAUGAUUUUGUCCCCCUCUUUGUGCUGGAAUGCUAGUCCGCUCUCAGUCCGUUCUGGAUAUAGUCACAUGUGGGCUGGUUUCAGAUAGUCCCUAUGGGCAGACAGACAUUAUAACAAACAAGAUCUCACAUGUAUUGUUCGCAUGGCAGGGUGGAUCUUUAGAUUAAUGAACAAUGGGCACUAGAUGGUGACCUGUCUAUCCAUUCAGGGUUAAUCGCUGGUUAAUGAUCUAUUAUCUUGAAUCAUAAUUUAUACCAAGACGUUGAUUAAAUAAAGCACCUCUGGCUCUCUGCCGUCUUUGUCUAUUGGCCGCAAUUCUGUUUGUGAAGUUUUUGUUUAUUUAAUUAUUUAUUGGUUGUAAGUAAUGUAGUAUCUGUUUACACUCGGUCUCUUUUUCAUUUUACAUGACUAGCCAAUGCUGGCUAUCCUUUUAAGGAGUAUAUUCAGUCUGGUAGUAUUUAUCCCCAUAUUGUAGGAUGUUGGCAAUUUUUGUUUAUAUAUUAUUGUGGGUCUAAUAGUUGUUCUCUGCGCCUUUCUUGGUUCCAUUUCUAAAUCCGCUUCACUGAUCAGCGGCGUGGGUCGGCCAGCAUGCACGUCAGAGAGGUCUUUUGUGCUGGUUACAUUUUUGCACAGUAUCGCUUUCCCCAACCCUUGCAUACCCUUGACAUUCCAUGGAAUUUACAGUUUUGAAACCAGUUGGAAUGUGAGUUUACAGUGCGGCUGCCCAUCUGGCCCUCGACGUUCUUGCAUCAAUUUGCAGACUGAGGUUCGCGACUGUGAAGGUUGUCUCAUAGUUUUGCAAGAAAUCAUAGCUGUUCGUAUAACUGGUUUGGAAAUGUUCUCUCCAGAUACAUAGACUUGCAGAGAAUGGGAUUUAACUGAUUAUUUUAUUUUAAUUCCAGCUCGGAAGAAUCGCAAGUUUCCCAUUCGCGAUAAUUUAUGGCAUUUUCCUGAGAAUUUUUGGCAAGCGUGCCCCUGCCAUCACCUUGGAGAGUGCGGACAUCAAAUACCCCCUACGACUUAUUAGCAGAGAGGUAAACUUCUCACUCUAUUUACUGAAAUCCAAUAAAUGCGUUUGUAAACUGCUUUUUUUUGUGUGUGUGCGGUAUUUCAUUAUCUAAAAUCUGUUCCAGGAAAUAAGCCAUGACACUAGAAGAUUCCGCUUUGCUUUGCCUUCUCCUGAGCAUGUCCUGGGUCUUCCGAUCGGUAAGUGAUGUCUGCUUAUCUUCUACAAUAUAGAUGGCAUAGCCUCAAAAGGGACUCAUCAGACUGGAAUUUGCAUAGCGGGGUUUAUGAGUGUUGCAGUUCAAAUGAAAGGGCCCACAAAAAACCAUGAAUUACCUGUGCCGUUUGUGAUGGGUGAGAAGAGGCAGUGCUGCCGGCAUCGUGAAAACACCCAGCACCUCACACGUGGGUACCUCAGGUUGGCACUACUCUAAGUCAAGGCGGCACUGAUGUGUACGGGAUUGACUGUUAUUUUUUUACUUGUUUUUGAGAAGCAGUGUGUUGGCUUCUGACAUUUUCCAAGCAAUAAACCAAUAAUAACAGUCUGGGGAGCACUGUGACACAUGCUGGUCUGAAUUUACCCAUUCUCGACCAAAAUACUAACUAGAAUUGCAGAACCCCUGCGGGUGGGACUGAGCGUUCUGUAAAAUGCUGCCAUUAUAAAAAUGUAGUGCAGUGAUCCACGUAUAGCAUGUGCCGCACCCUGCAUUACCGCUGGCUGAGGGUCAUGGGAGUGUGUGGAUACUCUCAGACAGGGAAUCAUCUUGCAGGUUAAGUAUAACCUAUAAAAACUUCUUUACUGAUCCACGAGAGAGAUCGGUGGAAAUUGGUGAGUUUUGGAAAUGCCUGGUCUGGAAACACUUUAAGUGGAUAUUCUUCCAGUCUAGCUGUCUGGCAAGUGUUUACACCUCCGGCAGCAAAGGGGUUAAACUCUGCAACGUCUCAGCAAAACACUGCACAUACUGACUUCAGGCACCAUGACCACUUCAAAUCAUCGAUGCUAGGAGUAACCCUUUCAAUGUGCGCAAUUCAAGGUUUAGGAAACAUUUUAUUUUAAUCAAUAUUACGUGAUUUUCUGUCCCUGACUCUCUGCGCUCGUUACAAAGACCCUUAUUAUAAAUCCCUUCUUUCAUCAUGAUUUCAGGGCAGCACAUCUAUCUGUCGGCCAGGAUCGACGGCAAUCUGGUGGUUAGACCCUACACACCAGUAUCCAGUGAUGAUGAUAAAGGCUACGUAGACCUUGUUGUGAAGGUGAGAUAAUCGACAGCCUGCAUUAAUUACUACUUAGAGCCACCUGACUUUUAUUGAAAUUAUGAGCAUUUAAUCAUUCCCCUGGCUCAUGGACCUACAUUAAAGCGGCACUGUCAUGCCGAACUUACCUUUCCUCAAUCUCUUCCUCUUCUCCCCCUCUCUCAGGAUCUGUUAUUCUUUUCUUCCUGUCUUCUUUAGUUUUCUUUAAAAUCAUAAGACAAAGUAGGGACUCUUUGCCUUAUGGGGGAUUCCUCCGCUUGACCAGCUCUGACCAGCGGAGGAGCAAAGUGUGCUUCAUUUCCGCUGGUCAGAGCAAUUUUCCCAUGAUUCUCACCUUCCCUCUGUGUUCCCACAAUGCUUCCUGUCACUUUACACAAAACUGCCGAAUUGCGUUCUAACUGAAUGAAAACAGUAUGUUCGUUCCUUUUAGAACGCAAUUCGGCACUUUAUUCGGAUCGGAAUUUCAUUCUAAUGAAUGAAACUCUGUUCCUAUUCAUUGCUGUGGCUGCAUCUUGCAGCCGCUUAGUAGAUAACUCCCUAAUUCCCACGGUAUCAGGGAGCUAUCUACUAAAAGGCUGAAAGACCUAAAUAUUACUUAGUAUUAGUAAGUAAUAUGCCCCUACUCGCUAUACUGCGAGUAGGGGCAUGUCUGGUAAAAAAAAAAAAAACUAUUGGCCCCCACCCCUAAACGACGGGUGGGGGCCAUAAUGAGAAUUGGGGGGGGGACCUACUGCCCCCCCCCGGCCCCCACCCCUGGGCGGCGGGUGGGGGCCAUAAUGAGAAUGGGGGGGGGGACGACCUACUGUCCUCCCCCCGGCCCCCACCCCUGGGCGGCGGGUGGGGACCAUAAUGAGAAUGGGGGGGGACCUACUGCCCCCACCCCUGGGCGGCGGGUUGGGGCCAUAAUGAGAAUGGGGGGGGGACCUACUGCCCCCCCCGCCCCCACCCCUGGGCGGCGGGUGGGGGCCAUGAAGAUAAUGAGGGGGGACACACCUACUGUCCUCACCCCGGCCCCCACCCCUGGGCGGCGGGUGGGGGCCCUAAGUCAAUUCUCCCCCCCCCAAGGUGACUAGGGGUCCCCAAGCCCCUAGUCACCCACCCCCCCCACCCAAAAAAAAGUCCCUACCUACCCCCCUCACCCUAAAAAAUAGUGAGGGGGGAAUAAAAUAACUAACCUGUAAAAUAAAAUUAAACUUACCAUUCGACGUCUUCUUUUUUCUCAAAUCUUCUUUUUCAGCCCCAAAAAAGGCCAAAUAAAAAACCAUCAUAACCGUCGAAUUGAAAAUAAAAUAAAAAUUGACUUAGGGCCCCCACCCGGCUCAGGGGUGGGGCCGGAGGUGAGGACAGUAGGUCCCCUCAUUAUCUUCAUGGCCCCCACCCCCAGGCAGGUUCCCCCUCUCAUUCUCACUAUGGCCCCCACCCGCCGCCCAUUCUCACUGUUUAGGGGUGGGGGCCAAUAGUUGUGUUUUGUUUUUAGUGAUCAGCCACAGGCUGCUCACUGUUUAGUGGACAUGCCCCUACUCGCGGUAUAGCGAGUAGGGGCAUUUGGGAGAUUUUAAUCUCCCUUGUGCUAUUAUGGGGGUCAUAUUGACCCCCAUAGAGUGAGAGGGGGACCUGGGGGGGCUUAGGAAGUGGUGGGGAGCACUGCUCCCUGCCACUUCUAUCUUUACAUAUUACAAGGAGGGAGCUGCGUGCCGGUAGCUCCCUCCUUGUAAUAAACUGCACGAACAAACAAACACUGAUACUCAGAUACACUGAUACACAGUGUUAGUUUGUUCGGCUGAUCUUUCUAUUCAUUCAUUCAUCUGUCUGAUGAAUGAGUGAAUAGAUGAAAUUCCCGUUUGCAUGUCCAGGUGUUUCACUGGGCAUGUGCGGGAAUCUCACAGUCUGCCUAGUGUGGGCUGAUGACGUGUCCCACAGGGACUUCAUCUACCCACACAAAGAUGGCGGCGCCCUGAAUAUAGAUCGGGGCAGAAAAUAAGGAUUAAAAAAUAGGUAAUGUGGGGGGCUUAGGGGCAUUUGGGGGUGACUAGUGGGUCAAUUGGAUGUAGUGGAGGCGGGAGAGGGGUUAAAAAAAGAAAAACAGAAUUCGGCAUGACAGUGCCGCUUUAACCCCUACUUCAAUACCAGUGGGUUCAUACACCUACAACGUCACCCCAGAGCACCCUAAUAUUGGUGGGUUCAUAGACCUACAACCCCAGAGCACCCCAAUACUGAUGGGUUUAUAGACGUAUAACACCCACUUAGAGCACCCCAAUAUUGAUCAGAGCACCCCAAUAACGAUGGGUACCAGCCUAGUUUUGUAUAUGGGAAAAGAACUCUAAAUCUGGGUUACUUACAUCACUAUCUACAGAUUAGAUGUUUGGUUGUUUUUGGUUUCGUGGUUUUUUUUUUGUUUUUGUUUUUUUUUGCAGGUGGUCUUACAUGUCAGAGAAAGUUGUUUUUUUUUUUUUUUUUUUAAAGCAUAGAAUAGUGCAUAUAUAUAUUUGGUUACAGUGACAAUUUUGACAUUUCGUACACCUGUUUUUUGUUUUUUAGAUUGGGCUAGUCAAAUACGUUAACAACAAUACCUCUCACAACCAGCGUGCAACAAUAACUCGUAGUCAGGGAAACUGGGUUUGUGUUAUGCGCCCUGUAGUUGUGUGUAAUGGGCCUGUCUCGUCACAUUCAGGUGUGAAUGGCUAAGUCCGUCGCUAUAGUUUGUCGAUAUAGAGGGAGAUUUGUAGUCCUCUAUAGGGUGUGCUCUAGUUUCUCACCUAUGGCCAAUGAGUGUCAGCUCCCAGUCAGUAUGUCGAGGGUCUAGGAUCAGCCCUGAGUUAUGGAGGUUGAUCUGAACCCCUAACCUAUGGGGUAACAUGGGGGAGGGGUUUGUAAUGGGUUAGUCAUCAAUGAGAGUCUUUGAUGGCAUUCUUCAGUUUGGCACAGACUUUUUCGGGGUUGAGUAAAUCGUGGGAUUGGUGUGUUGCAUAGUGUAGUGGAAGAUGCUUUUCUGUUGAUUUGUUUCAUGUCAUGGCAUUUAGUCCACUUCUUGGCGCAGAGGGCGUGAUGUUGUCCACGUCCCAGGUGCUGGUGGUGGCUUGUGCCUCCUGCUCCGGCGGGCCAGUGUCCAAUCCUAUCGCUGCCAGGAAGGUGGUUGCUUCCACCACGUCUGUGGCCUUCGUUGCUUGCCGUCUUUGAUGACUGUAAGGGCCCUAGGGGUAGUCCAUUUAUACGGCAUUCCUGUCUCUUGAAGUCGUAUUAUGGGUUUCAUGGUUUUCCUCCAUAUCAAGGUGGAGCGAUGCAGAUCAUGGAAGAUUUAUAUUUUUUGUGAUUCAAAUUCCAGAGGUGCUCUGUCUUGGGCUGCUCUCAUCAGUGCUUGUUUAUCUUGUCGUGUCCUGCAGCGCAGGAUUAUGUCCCUUGGGGCUGUGAGUGGUGCCUUAGGGGAUUUGGCGAUGCGGUAUGCCCCAUCGGUUACAAAUUGUUUGGCUAAUUUUGCUGGAAGCAGUGUGUUUACUAGCCUCCUGAUAUAGUGGGGAAGUUCUUCUGACCCCACAUAAUCUGGGACCCCUCUUAUCUUCAAGUUCUUCUGGUGGGUUCUUUCAUCUAGGGCGUCCACUUUCAGUGUCAGGGUGGAAUGGAGAGCUUGUAGUUGCCUGACCGAGUCUCCCACUAUUGCCAGAUUGUGAUGUCUGUUUCUGAGGUUUGGACGCGGGUUGUGACCGCUUGUACUUCUGCCCGUACCGCGGCCAUGUCUGCUGCGAACAACUGCUGUAUUUUGACAGAGGUUGUCAAUGUCUGACUUUGUCGCUGGGACCAGGUUUGCUGUGGUAGAUGUGGCUGGGAGCCUAUCUGUGGGAGACCCUGGGGUGUCUGCCAUCCCCCUCUCCGCUUCUUGGGUGUCAGAGGCCUCAGCUGUGGCCUGAUAUUGCCCCCUGUGUUUGGGUGGGUGUUGGAGCAGAGUGCCUAUGUCUUGUGUUUUCCCUGGUGUAUGUACCUGGGGUUUUGGGGUCUUCUUUCCCAUAGCUGCCAAUUCUUGGGGCUGUGCCUCCCGGUCCUCAGGUGUCAGCCAGUCCUGAUCCCACCAGGCCGCAAAGGCAUUCGUCGCGGUUUUCUGGCUGGCCGCGUGGGAGGCCCUGUGGGGCCGGCGUUUUUGUUUCGCGCCCGGCAGCUGAAAGAAAGGCAUCAGUGUGUACCUCCCCCACUCCUGCAGCUGUUGCUUGGCCCCAGGUGAGUCGAUGGCUGUCAGGGGUAUGGAUAUUUGGCGGGUUUCGCCGUGAAAGUUGCGGAGCUCCCGAAAUGGCGUCUGUGCCGGAACGCCGCUAAGCCCCGCCCCCUUUCCUGUGUUUUUAUAUUUCUAGGUAUUUUGUAGAAUUUUCAUAUCAUUCUUAAUCUAUGAUCCAAAAAGCCCCUUAAGCUGUCACAAAUUAUAUUGUAUUUUAGAUGGAAAAUAAGCAAUCAUUUCACACCACCCUAACUCGUGCUGGGUUUAAUCACCCUGUGCGAUGUUCCCUGGGUUGGUGAAGGGUUGCUCUGUACUUGAUACAAGUCAUUUGUAAAUAAGGAGUGACACUACUCGUGGUGACUCUGAUUGUAGGCAUUAAAGUGCAACAUUCCCAGCUUUAAAAUGACAUUUCUUUCAGAUCUACUUUAAAGGAAUCCAUCCGAAGUUUCCCGAGGGAGGGAAGAUGUCUCAGUAUCUGGAAAGUCUGAGAAUAAAUGAAACUAUUGACUUCCGGGGCCCAAGCGGUCUGCUGGUUUACAAAGGAAAAGGUAAAAUAUUUGUUUAAUUCUACCAUUUAUCAGACAGGCUGCGUUUUGCGCAGGCCCGGGGCUCGCUGGGUCUCUGUGCGUUUCUCGCAGGUCAGGAUUCUGCACACUUGGAAGAUAAUUACUUUUUUUUCUUUUCUUUCUUUCUUUAGGAACAUUUGAAAUCCGCCCUGAUAAGAAGUCUACCCCAGUCAAAAAGAACGUGAAGCACCUGGGUCUGAUUGCUGGUGGAACCGGUAAGUACUUAUGAGCUUUUGGGUCCCCCGUCAACCACAAGGUGUCUAAACUAGCAAAAAAAAUAUUUCUUAUUUUCAUUCUUUCACAGGAAUAACUCCAAUGCUGCAACUCGUCCGCGCCAUAACCAAGGACAAAGAUGACAAAACCACCUGCUACCUGCUGUUUGCUAACCAGGUAUGUGAGUGUUUAAAGGAAUUGUGGUUAUUAACCAAUUAACUGCCAGGACGUUCUACACACAGCGCAUGCAGGAAAUGACUUGUUUGUCCUUGCACCUUACUUUGCUCAUACUAGGCAUGUCUCAUUAAAAUAACUAUAAAAUGUAAGUUUCUCCCACUCGAACAUUUCAAUAAAAUCACAAAUAUCAGCAAUAGCUUCUGGAAGGUAAAGGCAUUUUUUUUCUUCUUCUUCAAUAAACGAAAUCUCCUGCGAUGAUUAAAAAUAAAUCUUUCCUUGGGGAUUGAGCUAUAAUCACUGUAGCUGGUCUGCUCCGGAGGGAAGGGGAUACUUAGCAGAGAUACUCGGAGUGUAGCUUUGUCACAACCCUUAUUAAGUAUGAUUCUCAUCACAGAGACUUUGCGGGGAUUUAAGUGUAUCUGUCUGUUCAUUCAGUUAAUCUCAUUGUAAUAAGCGAAUACUCUGAGACAUGACGUUGCCUCCAGUGAUGGGAUUAAAAUGUAUCUGUUUGUUCAUUCCGUUAAUAUCUCGUUGUAAUAAGCGAAUACUCUGAGCCGUGACGUUGUUUGUUUCCGCAGAGGGUCUCACAAUGUGCACUGUAGGUAGUAUUCACUAAACUUUUUUUUUCAAAUUUAGGGAACAUAAAGAUACAGCUGAAAAAUGCUUGGUUUGGCUAUUUUUUUCUUAACUUUUGCCUUUUGUAUUUAAAUUUUAAAUAUAAGUAAAUCCUGUGUUUUUAAUGCUAGUUAAAGGAACAUUCUAGUAUUGGGAAUACAAACCUGUGGUGGAAUAGUUAGGUCCCCAGCCCCCUCUCUUUGGGGUUAAGAUGUUUUGCUCCCCUUCUCUCCUUUGUUGUGCUGGUGCUGUUGCUCAUGCGCGGCAAAACUCUGCACCAAUCAGCAACUCCUCAGAGAUUUAUUGACUCCGUGCAUCUCUAUUGGGAGCAUUCAGUGUCUCAAUGCAAAGCGUGGACACGCUGAAUGUAGGUGCUGCACAUUGAGCAGCACCGAGACAGGACCACCUCUAGUGGUCGUCUGAGUGACUGCGUCUAGACACAGACUAAGAAAAAAAAAAAAAUAGGGCAGCGCUACAAGCUGCAGGUGUGCACAAAAAGUGCUGUAAAAGUGCAUUUAAAAGACAACAGACAGAAUUGCAAACCUUUUGGGUUCUCCCCUUUCUCAAUGCAUGUCCUUCCGAAACACUUGCAAUUCUGUCUGUUUUUCAAAUAAGCCUUCUUGUAGCACUUUGUGUGCACACCUGCAGUCUGUAGCGCUGCCCUCAUUUGUUCUUAUUGUGUAUUGUAUACCCUGCGCUGCAGAGGGAGGUGCAUGCAGCGCAAUAAGAACUCCUCUCUGAUAUUUGUAUAUAUUUUGUGUACUGCAGUAACACAUCUCCCCUUCAUUGUGGCCAUGUCUGCUCAUAGAAGCGUUACUAGGCAGCAAUGAAACGACUGUUUUUAAAUUGAAAACCCACAGGAACAGGCUACAGACUACAGAACCGCUGUAUUAGUAGUACUAUAGUCACCCCCUGCUUGGGCUGAGGCUCAUGAUCCUUUGCCUUUUCCAGACUGAGAAAGACAUCCUUCUCCGAGACGAACUGGAAGAGAUCAGAGUGAAUCACCCCAGGUUUAAGCUGUGGUACACACUGGACAGAGCGCCAGAGGGUAAGACUCGCACCUUGAAGUCAUUUCCUGAAUUGGGGACUGCUGUAAAACCACCACCAAUAAAUACCCACACCCAACCCCUAGUGUAACCAUCUGUCUGUUCCCAUGAAUCCCCAGUUGAUUGUAUUUAACCCCCUGUUGUGUAUUUGUGUCUCUAGUCUCUGAGCAUCCAAAAACGAAAUCUGCUACAAAUUGUAUCCAAUGUUUUCAUACAAAACACGCAAUUUGCAUACUGCUCCAACUCGCAUCACUCCUAGAAUGUCCUCAUGGGUUAGAGUAUUCAGCCACAAUAUACAAACAAAAUUAGCCCUGUGCCAGUUUGUCCUCUGAGUGCUUUGCCUUGAUGUUGGCAGAUGAGCUUACACUCUAUGGCUCUGCAGUGGUCUUUUAUUCUUAACACAUCCAGUGAUAUGUGGGUACUUUAUUGAUUUAUUUAUUUUACAUGAAGAGUACUUUCCAUUCCUGACCUCAUGAUUUCCAGAGGGCACUGAGCCCGUCAGGCGCGUGGGUUUAUGCGUUGCCAUUAAACUGUAAUGGCGGCUUUAAGAAUGUAAUGUCUGCAGGUGAAGGCCUGUCUCAAGGAAGAGUUUGGAAAUGAUAUCCAUUUCCUUUCUUUCUGCAGGGCCCAGGUUUGCCUUCGCUGCUAUUGUGGCUGCAGGAGGUUCUGAAGGCCCAUGGUAUAGCUUAGUUUGUAAUUCUUUGGUUACUUUCAGCCAUGAAUGUGAUCUAAUACCUGUAUCUCUCUUUCCAGACUGGGAUUACAGCCAGGGCUUUGUCAAUGAAGACAUGAUUAAAGCGUUCAUUCCUGCCCCCAGCGAUGAUGUUCUCAUCUUAAUGUGUGGUCCACCACCAAUGAUCCAGUACGCCAUUAACCCGAGUCUGGACAAGCUGGGCUACCCUCAGGACCAGAGGUUUGCCUAUUAGAAAUGUCCCUGGCCGGUCAGGAGUGGGAGAUGGACGCAGUAACUGGGAUCGAAUGGAAACGUUUCCUGCCAGGAGUUUGAGAAAUGCCUUGUUAAUCACUAAGUGGGUUUUAUUAAUCUGUGUCUGCGAUGGGCUGUAUCACAAAAUAUCGACGUUCAGUUUAUAAAUUGUUUGGCUUUUUCUCCAGCAAUGUGUGACCAGCGAAAGGACAUCCAUGUACUGAAUGCGAUUUAAUAAUAUAACUGCAAGACCGAAAGGGUGUUUUUUAUUUUUUUUUUUUUUUUUUAUGUACUUUGUUCUGGUUGCAGUUGUCUGUCGUUCUUUGUAAAUCUGCACUUGCAAGUCUCUCUCGUAAUGUUGAAAGUAUUGCUCCUCAUUUGUGAAGUUUGUGAUCAGGAAGUGAUAAACCCCGCACACUGCGUGACUGGGAGGCUGUAAGAGGCAGUUACAGGGUCCGGUGUAAAUACUGGUCCAGGAGCAGCGUCUUUUUAAAAGUGGAGCAGUCACCAUGGAAACCAAUGGAAUGUUCCUUCUGAUUGCUGCACUUUUAGAAUUUUCCUGUGGAAUUGCUGCAGAAAGUGGAAAUGAAUUGGUUUUGUCCCUUCUAGAAGAGGGAGCAGGAAUUUUGGGGGUCAAUGGGGGACGGGAUCUCACAUAAAUUAGCCCCGCCACGUCUGAUUAAUUCACUGCAUGAAAUAUACUGACACACAGCACCUUUCUAUAUCAUUCACAACUUUCUGCCGAUUUGCUAGUUCUUCGAUAAGACCAGUCACAAGGCUGACACACCUUCCUUCGAUCAGGCCUUUAUUUUUAGUAUAGAAUUUAUUGCACUUUCCACGUAAACGCCCUCUGACUCGUAGUCACUAUAAAUCUUGCCUUCCUUUUUCAUCGUCGCACUCGCAAGUCUUGCCUUUGGAGCAUUUAGAAUGUUUCCUUAUUUGCACUAAAACGUGGCUCCUUUUAAAAUGUUCAUUCUUUGCCUUUUUAAAGAAUUGUAAAGUGUUAUAAGAUUUAAAAUAUAAGCAUUUCUGAAAUUGUGUUUGCAUGUCUGUAAGCCGUGCUAAUCAUCGGUUUGUCUGCAUUGCGACUGACCUGCCACGCAACCUACAUGUGGGCUGUGCUGCACGUUUGUGACUAUUCGUGUCCCGUAUUCUUAUCAUUGUUUGCAGGUAUGUAAAAUGUGCUACAGCGGGUGUAAUUGGUUUCAUUUUGAUGAUACAGUGCAUAGCUGAUCUGAUUGGCAGACCCUUUACCCAGGGGACACAAAUCGCACAUUAAGAGCUUGGAAUGCUUUUAUCCUAAUGCUUAUAAUUUUGCAGCAGCUGAGGUAUUAAAGAUUAUUCACAGCUAGAACACCUUUAUCAGGAAGGGUCAGCAGAACCAGUAUAUGUAACCUUUUUGCUAUUAAAGUAUUUAAAGGAAUUUCCCAUCCGUUCUGGUGACGUAACAUAACGUCCUCAUUAAACGCGUCUAAUUGUUACAGAGGUGCAGAUGUAGAGCACAGUAUUCUGAAUGAAGAAAUUAAAGAUUAUUUCUUUUUUUUUAAUAUUUUAUCUAGAACUGUACCAAGAAUUUUGACACAGGCAGGAAUUAUGUUUUCAGAAUAAUUUAUAACUCUGAAUUGUAAAAUUCUGUGUUCUAUUAACCUGUUAAUAUCUGCUUUCCUGGAAACUACCAAUCCUGUGUGUUUAACACUGAGGUGUGCAGGGGAUUGUGCUGUGUUCAUGGGAAUCUAGCUUAAUUUGUUGGUUUUGCUGCCGGACAUCCAUAUUUGGAUUUUCCAUAAGGUAGACCAACUCCUGCCAUAGCAGAGAUGUGUAACAGUCAUGCCAAUCAUCCCCAGAGCCUGAGUGAUGGGUGAUGUAGUUUAAACUAGCGUGCUGCCUGUAUCUGACCAAACUGCGCUGUAUCCCAGAAUCCCAUUUCAAAACCCUGAAAACAUGACUCGAUUUACUAAAUGGAAAUUAAUUUUUUUUUUUUUGUAAGUUUGGAACAGACUUUUACAUUUUAGAUCAAAAUAGGAGGGGAGGGGAGGGGCAAACAAUAGAAGGAUACUGCAUCUUGUCUAGUUGGCAGCAAAGUCUCCAAACUUGCUGUUUAAUGAAUACGUCCAAAUAGCAGAUAAUCUAACUGACAUUUGACAUGCAGUUUAGGAUUUUCUUCCCUUGAUAAUUUGCCCUAUAUUUGGGAAAUCUGUCAGUUUAUUGAAUACCCCUUCCCAUCGCGAACACACAGUCCAUAAUGUGGAAAGCAGUCCUGUCAGAUUCCUAUGCGGAACAAGCUGUAACCGUAAAUCGGUGACGACUGACUUAAUACAGCAGCUCCUUCACUCCUGUUACAGGUUAGGGUGCAGUCUUACUAUUAACCCCUCUCAGACCCGUGACAUUGCAUGCUGUCAUCAGAUAGCGCUGCUAUUCUGGUCUCGGUUUGGUGAUUUGCAAAUCAUACAUUCAUUGCUAUAAUGUCUCCUGUUUAUAGUCCUGGUGAAGUGCCUUUUUGUAUCUUCCUUCUAUAAUGUAUCAGAGACAACGCAUAAUAAAUAGUGUAACCUUUACCAAAGAACCUUUUCAGUAUCAAUAUUAAAGGUGCAUUCGCUUUCACUCCGUGUUCUGUGAUUAUUUGUAGAAAAAACUAAAUUUAAAUUAACCGAAGUUAUCCAUCACCUAGUCUUAGGUUGAUCCACACAUCGGUUUCAAGGAUGAUCCAAAAG